AUGAGCGAUGGAUGGAUGAAAGGAAAAAUUAUUGGAUGUCAAAAAACUUUAUUACCCCUUCUUCAGGAACAUACAGCUUCUAAAAUUGAGAAGCACGAUAGAACCGAGGCAUUAAGCUCAGCUCAGGAAGCAGAAACGGCGAAAAAUGCCACCAAAAUAUUGGUUCAUUCGGGUCGAAAUACAGCGAUAUCUUCCAGAAUUGGAUACAAUUGUUAG